UCUCUCUCUCUCUCUACCCUUUUCUCUCUGUUUUUUCUCCCUAUUUUUUGGUUAUUUUCUCUCUGCAUAUGAAUUUAUGGAGCUGGGUUUAAGCUUAGGAGACCCUCCCAAGCCCUUUGGGUUCUUAGAGAAGCACCAGCGCGAAAACGACAACAAAAGUUCUGCGUUUUGCAUGGACUUGUCGAUUGGUCCUUCAAGAACCGGAGAGGAGGGAGGAGGGAGAGCGAAAGAGCAAGAGGAACCGGAAGAACUUAAGGAGAAAGAACAGCAGGGGAUUCGAAACGACGUCGUUUGUAUUGCCCAGAUUGAGAAUGUUAUUGGAAACGACAACAAGCCCGGUUCCUCCCCUCCGGUUCAGCUCGAUCUUCUUCCUCUCUCUCCGGUUCCUCGUACGACAACAACAACAACCCAUGGCUUCCCUUGGUCUUCUUCCCCCGCCGACACAGCCGAGCGCGGCAGUGGUGGGCUGGAACUGAACAGGAUCCCGAAAAUAACGGCGGCGGCGGCGGCGGCAGAGGAGGCGGCGGCAGAGGAAGGGUCGUCGCCGAAUUCAAACAGCGGAGCGUCAUCUUUUCCGAUGGAGAUGUGCUUGUACAGCAGCGGCAACAAAAAUAAUGGCAACAAUAAUAACUACAAAAGAGAUCAGUAUAUCUCUGAAGGAGAAGGAGAGAGGAAUUCGAAUUCGAGAGCGAGCGACGAGGACGAGGCAAACGGCGCAAACAGGAAGAAGCUGAGGCUCUCCAAAGACCAAUCUGCUUUUCUUGAAGAAAGCUUCAAAGAACACAACACUCUCAAUCCUAAGCAGAAGAUAGCUCUAGCCAAACAACUCAACCUCCGUCCUCGCCAAGUAGAAGUUUGGUUCCAGAACAGAAGAGCAAGGACAAAAUUGAAGCAAACGGAGGUGGACUGUGAGUACUUGAAGAGGUGUUGCGAAACAUUAACAGAGGAGAACAGGAGACUUCACAAGGAGCUUCAAGAGCUGAGAGCUUUGAAGACCUCAAACCCCUUUUAUAUGCAAUUGCCUGCCACCACUCUCACCAUGUGUCCCUCCUGCGAGCGCGUCGCAACCACCACCACCGCCACCACCACCGCGGCCGCCGCCACAAACACUAGUACUAAUUCCAACAAUACCAAAGACUCAAAAGCAGUUGGUGGGUUUCCCCUUAAUAGGCCGAAGUUCUAUCCAUUUUCCCAUGCCCAAACGACAUGAGCUUUAUAUAUGUGAAUGUAUAGCACAUGGGGGAAAUUUUGUGUCCAAAUUGUUUUUUUUUUUUUUUUUGUACAUAGUCAAAAAGUAAAAGGUUCAGGGUAUUAGAGAAUCAUGAUCAAAUAGGUUUUGUUUGAUUAAAUCAUGGGGUUGUUUUAUUAAUUACUUCAUUGUUAUGGGGGCGGGGUAUAGACUUGGGUGUUUUUUUUUCCUCCUCCUCCACCCCAAUAUGUUAGAGAGGAAAAAGGAAAAAGUAAAAAA